GAGGGCGGUGCCGGGGGGCGGCGGCGGAGGCGACGGGGCGGCGGCGGCUGAGGGGCGGUGGCGGUGCCGUCUGAGGGAAUGCGGGCGGCCGCCGCCAAGAUGGCCGCCGCCGCGGGUGCUGCUGCCGCCGCCGCCGCCGGACGGGCGCGUCAGCUUGUUAAAACCAGCAGUCAGCUGAGGGUCCCGGUACGAUGGAGGGGCCAGGCAACUGCAGCCGCAGUGACGGAAAGCACAAAACCUCAAAUUCAGCCAGAAGUGCGGAAACCUAAAACAGGAAUCUUGAUGUUAAACAUGGGAGGUCCAGAACGGCUGGAUGAUGUACAUGAUUUCUUACUUCGUCUCUUCCUGGACAGGGAUUUAAUGACAAUGCCAGCUCAAAAUAAAUUGGCACCAUUCAUUGCCAAACGCCGCACACCAAAAAUCCAGGAGCAGUACAGCAGGAUUGGAGGUGGAUCCCCAAUAAAGAAGUGGACGGCGGUGCAGGGAGAAGGCAUGGUGAAACUGCUGGACAGCAUGUCUCCUCGCACCGCGCCUCACAAAUACUACAUUGGCUUCCGGUACGUCCAUCCUCUGACAGAAGAAGCAAUUGAAGAGAUGGAGAAAGAUGGCAUUGAAAGGGCUAUCGCUUUCACACAGUACCCACAGUACAGUUGUUCUACCACAGGAAGUAGUUUAAAUGCCAUUUAUCGCUACUAUAAUAAAAAAGGGGAGAAACCGAAGAUGAAGUGGAGUAUAAUUGACCGAUGGCCCACACAUCCCCUUCUUAUUCAGUGCUUCACCGAUCACAUACAGAAGGAACUGAACCUGUUUCCACCCGACAAAAGGAAAGAUGUCGUCAUCCUCUUCUCGGCUCACUCGCUGCCCAUGUCUGUAGUGAACCGUGGUGAUCCGUAUCCUCAAGAAGUGGGAGCUACUGUGCAGAGAGUCAUGGAGAAGCUGAACUACUCCAACCCGUACAGGCUUGUGUGGCAGUCCAAGGUUGGACCAAUGCCUUGGCUUGGCCCGCAGACAGAUGAGACCAUUAAAGGGCUGUGCCAAAGAGGAAAGAAGAACAUGUUGUUGGUCCCAAUAGCGUUUACAAGUGACCACAUUGAAACGCUUUAUGAACUGGAUAUUGAGUAUGCCCAAGUUUUAGCGAAUGAGUGUGGAGUUGAAAAUAUCAGAAGAGCAGAAUCUCUUAAUGGAAAUCCACUGUUCUCCAAGGCUCUGGCAGACUUGGUCUGUUCCCACAUCCAGUCGAAUGAGAUCUGCUCUAGGCAGUUAACCCUCUGCUGCCCGCUCUGUGUGAAUCCCGUCUGCAGGGAGACGAAAGCCUUCUUCACCGGCCAGCAGCUGUGAUGGGCGCUGGGGAGGGCACCGCUGGCUCCAGCAGGAGCAUCGCCCUGGUGAAGCAGUGCAAAGCAAAGAGACCGCUUGGCCACACUGCGCUGUUAGAUACUUACAGGCUGGUAGUCUGUAACGUUAACCUCGUGGUAGUGAGGAGAACUUGACUUUUUAUGGGUUUUUUUUUCUUCUUAUGUUUUCUUUGUUUGAGAAGAGUUUGCAGAAAGUAGGAAAAUAAGGCAUUUCUCCUGUGAGAUGUGAAAAGAUCUCCUUUCCUUUGAUUCUGAUUGGAUUUAGCAUGAGCCCAUAAGUACGCACUGAAAAACUUAAAAAAUUUUUCUACAAAUUAGCUUCUAUUUCCUAUGCAGGGAUUUAUUUGUAUGCAGUUUUGUCAUGAGUGCGUUAGCUGCGGCUUUCCAGGUCAAGCGUAUGAUUAUUCGUUUUGUUUAUGCUUAAGGUACCGUAUAACCAGCAUAGUCACCGAUUGUCUCUCUGAGAGUGAUUUUUUCAGAUGGCUUUGGAGAUCAAGUGACUUCUAAUGCUUUUUAAAUAAUGUGUGUAUUUUUUUUUAGAACAUAAAGAUAAGGCUUUGUUUUGUUUUGUUUUUUUCCUCCUGCCAGAAACUUCCGGUGAAAGCUUAGCUGGGAUAGUAGAACGCACAAGAUUUGUUUACAUUUUCUAGCAAAAACACUCUCAUUAUCUGCAGGAAAGCCUCUGCGUUUGAAGAGCGUAAAGUGAAAGGAAUAAGCCUGUUUGGGUGAUGCUGAAGAGCAUGCUUAGUUGAAACGAGCUGUGUACGUUUCAAAUCUAGCAGCUGUCAGCAGCAUGUAUGGAAACAUGUUGGUUUAUCUUUUAAGCAAAAUGGCUUUUUAAAGUUUUUAUUAAAAAGGGCUUUCUCUGUUUGGUUAAGUAAAUUUAGAAAGUCAGGCUUGGUCUCCAGAGGUUUAUAGAUCUGCUCUGUGCUUUCUACUGUGCCACAGUGCUGUGGUUUUUGUGGGAUACCUAUGGAGUUCCGUAGGUACAAUUGAUCUAGCUUAAUUGAUGUUGUUAUUUAAAAGUGAGAUGAUAAGUCAGGAGUAAUUUACAUAGCAGAUGCCUGAGAGCCAGCAGCGCCGCAGGCUGACAGCUGUGUGCGAGCGCGUACCUUUGUAACAGCUGAACGUGGUCUGUUAGAUUCUCGGCACUCAUUGUGGGCCGGGAGCGUGCACUCGUAACCCAGCUAAACUUCUUCCUCGUUUUGGCAGGCGUUGGGGUGCAUCAGGACUGCUGAAUCCACUCCUAAGUAGUGGUAGUUUUGCGGAGUGAAAAACCUUUUUAGGGCAGUAUUCCCUCACUGUCAGCACCGGGACCGGUGUCCAGGUUAGUCUUGGGAUAGGAGAGGCCUUUUCCGAAAGGCUGGUCGCUGCACAGCAAGCCUGAGCUUGGCACUGGAAGUAGUUCAGGGCAGAAGUGCCGCAGCACCUCCCUCAGUGGUCCCCUCGCGCGGGGACCUCUCCUCCUGGCUGGGACAGAGGAGGAGCAAAGCUGUGACAGUGUUCUGUGGGACUGAGCCAUACGUCUGUUAGCCUAGCUGUCAGCUUCAUGGGUAGAAAUGUUUACUUUACGUAAUUAGCACUGAAAUUCCAGUACUUUGGCAAUGCAGGUUGUUUUCUGUAAUUGGCGAUUCAGCUAAUCGUGAUGUUUGAGAAGCAGAUGCCACGCCGCUCAGACAGUUUUAUUUGCUAUUGUAAUUAUGAGGCAUGAACAGUUUGAACCUCUGAUCUUUCAAGGAUGGGGUUGUUUAAAAAGAAAACAGGCCUCUGUUGGUAUAGCAGGGGUUUACCUUGUUCUAUUUUAUGAUGCAAGAAUGAAACGUGGGAUACUAAAUGGACACUGCGUCGAUCAGCCAGUGGGCCCAGUACUGCCAUGGAGCGGUGUAAAUCCUACUGCACAGCCUCGCUGGAGCCUGUGGCCUGACACGUCCUGAGAGGUGAUUGCCGUGUCUCCACUGCCAUACUGCAGCUUCCCAGUGUGAUUAUGGUGGGACAGACUGAAACUCCUUCAGCGCCAGAGCCUCCGACAUCACUGCUGCCCCUCGUUGCUUUAGCAGAAAGAAGUCUUCCUUGACCCUUCGUACCGGUGCCUGUUUCAGUGGCAGGGAGCCAGCAGCCAGGACUUCUCUUCUCGCUCUCUUGCCCCGUUCUUGGUGUCUGCUCGCUGCCUUGGCAGGCAAAAGGAACGCAAAGCUGACUCCUGCCCUUGCUCGGGUGGACUAGGUGGUUGUCACAUGCGUAUGGAAGGGUGACGUUUUCAUGGAAAAGCUUUGAAUCAAUGGCAAAAGAGUAAAAAUGUCUGCAAUAUGUGUGGGAAGGGAACACUGGCCUUAUCUCUCCUUGGACAAAGAACUUCUUUUCUCUGUUCCCGUUUCUCUGCUUGACGCUUAUGGGUCAGUGGAAAACAGCCUGUUUUGUAGAAUCUUCCUACUUAUACCUCUUUCCCACCAGCCGAAGGGUAUAUCGACCUUCAAAUCCAGGUUGUGACCAGCACGUUUCGAAGUGUGGCUGAAGCUGGCAACUGAAGGUUAACUUUAUAUGAACGUUGUGAUGCUAUAAAUAUAGAUUGGCUUUUUAUUUCCAUACUGGAGAGAGUACUGAAUAUAUUAGCCGGCACUAAUUAUGAGGCAUUACGUUUGUCCCCAGUUAUAAAAGGUAUUUAAAAUUCACUUUUUAGUAUGCUAACCACAAGUGAGAUAAUUAGUAAGCCUAUUGCUGCUAUUAGACCAUAAUGUAGAAAUCACUUAAUUUUCUAGCUUUUAGCAGAUGGAUCUCAUCUCAUGGAGUUGGGGGUGUUCUUAAUUUUGCUGAACAGAUCUUGUAAAACCACUCUGUCCUGCUGUGUAACACGCGUAAUUUUGUCCGAGUGCAGCAUCAAAAGCCUGUUGAAAAACUACCUGAGCGAGUUAGCUAGCAGCUCUGCUUAAUGUUUGUAAUAGAAAUCAAGAUAACUGAGACGGGUAAUGGCGGGAAUUCUGCUGCCAUCGAAAUCUUCUAAUCCUGUGGUUUUUGUUUGGGAGUGUUUCCGACUAUGCUAACUAACAGUGGCAUUCAUCUGACCUUACUUUAGAUGCUUCCGAUGUAGACGUCAACAUCUGAGCUGGUUUCCUAGGUACUGUUUAUGGUCAAAAGAUUGCUUUAAUAUGUGAUUCUGAGAAAUUAUUCGUCUCUCAAAGCGGAUGUCCACAGCGGGGUGGAUAAGUUUCACCCUGUUGCUGCCUCUGAGUGUGAAGGGAGCGUGGGGACUAACUCGGAGGUAGUUAGCUAUGUUACACACGUCUAACGUGAGGAGAGAUGAAUCCCAUCCAUUACGUGCCUUCUUCUUCAGCACUCUGACAGCGAUGUGUAGCCGCUGCAUUUGGGAGAUUGCAGUCUUAACCCGCAGUUAUGCAUUCAGUUUCCCUCUGGCAGAUUUUAAACGUUUGGUGCUAUGAAGUCAGGACCCCAUCUCGGCAGAUCCUGAGUGCUUUCUGCGCUGGCUGAAUUGACUUGAGCACGUGGAAGUGUCAGCAUCUGGCAGACUCUAGUCCUGGGACAAUAAUCGAGUUUGAUUUUUUUGUUAUCAAUUACACUCCUUUUGCAGUACUUUAUUUCAUUUGCAAGUAUCGUUUACAUGUGCCCUGACAAAAAGCAACCAGUUGGAAGUGAGCUGAAGCGAUGUGUUGUGCAGCGUUGUAUCCCAACAUUUGGUUGGUGAGAGCCGAGUCCUCAGGCUGGGCGCGAGCAGCGGGGCGGCUGCGGGGACGGUGGGGUGUCACUGUCCCCUUGCCCAGGCUGCUGGGUCCCCCCCCGCUGAUGCUGGGGGUGCUGGUGGCAGCGCGGGCUGGCAAACAGCCGCACAGCCGAGGCUGCGCCUCAGAGCAGGGGUGAGAGCUGGGGAGAGAAAUCUUCGCACCAGCGCACCCAGUGCUGGCCUGAGGAUAUCGACUGAAAAAUGGGGGAGUUCGGAAACAGAGCCCUUGGUGUCCUAAGGGAAGUAAAGUGGGAAGUAAAAGUGCUUGCAAAUGGAAUGUGUUGAAGAAUUUGCUCGCGAUUAGGCUGUUCUCCUGAUUUAACUCUCUGCAAUUUUGCUUUUUUCUUUUUUUGUGUGUUCAGUUGGAGUUUUCCUCUUUUGGAGUUUAUGUAUUCUCUCUUACUACUGGCUGCAUUUUAGAAAAUGUGAUAGCUUCCAAACGUGGUGCUGUAACGUUAAAAGGUGUGUGGAUAGCCUGUGAGCUAGCCUGCUCCUGCAGCGAAGAGGAUGUCACAGCUGAGCUCGGUGGGGCUGGCGUUUUCCUAGGAAUAUCUAAAAGCUCACUUCAUUUUCCCUUUCUGCCACACCCAGAGAGCUGGAAAUCAAUAUGAAGUGUAAGAUGCAAGAGAGAGAAGUUCCUUUUAUUUUUAAUGCCAGAUGUGUACAAAUACUUGCUUUUAGUCCAACAUAAGUGUUUCAGAUUGAACAAGGACUUCCAUUUAAUGCAACACAAAAAAAUUUGUAUAAUCUUACUGUGUAUCAUUCGCCAUAAAGGUGGAAUUUCAAUUAAAUUUUUUGGAAGAAAUAA